AUGAUGAUGGUGCGCCUCGUGUUUCUUCUGCUGGACCUCUCGUUGUGUUGCGCGUGUGGGUGCGUGGCCGCUGCCGCUGACAGCCGUGCAAGGAGGGCGGCCGCAGUGAGUGGUGGCCCGGCAGCGCAGCAGGAGGUGAGGGCUUCGUAUUUCCGUCGGUCUACAAGUCACCCAAGACUCACAGGUGCAGGAGCUGUCGCACUCAGUGCGGGUAUCGUGGGUGAACAAGUUACUUACAGUGACGAUCUUACAGAAUGCAUGUCGACCGCAAACCCGCCGGAGGAUUGCGUCCGAGUUGUGACCCUUGAUGACCCCUUACACACUCCGGAGGACAAUAUAUAUGCACCACCGCCACGCCGUCCCUCAUCAAAAGUGUUAGGAGGGUCCACUCCUGGUCCUCAGGCUGCAAUGCAACAGACAGCAAGUCAAUCAAGGAAAGUGAAUCUAGCAGUGGCGGCUGUACCGAGGUCGAAUACUCUCCAAGAGGGAGGUCAAGGGCACACAAAAUGUACUGAAGAACCAGGGCAAGAGAGGACAGACCCAAGCUCUUCGCAGUGCCCUCCAGAAGUUGAAAAGGAAACAGAGCCUGAGGUCAAAGCCCCAGAUGAUGUGCAUGUGCAAAAUAAUGAUUUACAACACCCAGCAAAAGAGGAACACCUUGUAGUUGAGAAGAAAACUGAUGUACGCGCCUCUUUGGAACCCUCUGGACCAAGGCAAGUGAAUUCUCAGUUGCCGACUGAUGAACAAAGGACGUUGGCUGCAAGAGAGGGAGAGGGACAGCUCCCAGCAAACCCAUCGGAAAUGAUAUCUGAGCACUUCAAAAGUACGGAGGAAAAGCUUUCGACACAAAGAAGCACAUCGUCGUCUGAUUCAAAAGACAACCCACAGGCCCUAACAGGCGUAAGUUCUGACACCUCCACACAAACCCAUCGGACGUCAACACCACAGACUACGCCAGACGUCAGUGCUGCUGAUGAAGAGCCUACGAACAAGUCGACACUUCCAGCAGCAAAAGAACCCCUCACUGCCGCCUCCACUGCAGUGCCUGGUGCUUUGGACACUUCUGCGGAGCAACCAUCUGAAUCCGAAGCGUUGGCCACGGUGGCAGCUGCCGCUUCUCCACGGCCCAAAUCCGACACCACCAACAGCAACGGCGAUGAGGUGCCCGGCAAGACUAACAUGGAUGGGGUCAGCGGCUCGGCCCAGCUGUGUGUCCCACUGGUGCUGCUCGCACUGCUGGUGUGCCUCUCCCAGUAUUGA